GCAAGCAGUGCUUACAUGCAAGCCCCUUCAGCAGCACCGCAGAGAGUUCACAGAAACACGAUGCAGCGUCCCCUAAUGGGGACAACGUGUGUCGCUUUGCCAAACGCAGGCAUGUGUCCUCAGCUUUCCUGUACCUUGACUUUCAUGUACUUACAGCAGGGUAAUCAGGACGUCACAGCGCCACCCGAAACGAUGGCACAGCCGUACGCAUCCGCUCAGUUUGCAUCCCCGCAGAAUGGCCUUCCUGCCGAAUACACAGCACCCCACACCCACUCCCACCCUGCCCCGGAUUACACAGGCCAGACCACCGUUCCAGAGCACACGUUAAACAUGUACCCCCCAGCACAGACGCACAGUGAACAGACCGCUCCAGACACAAACGCACAGACAGUCUCCGGCACCGCCACACAGACAGACGACUCAGCACAGACCGACAGCCAGCAACCGACACAGUCCUGCGAAAACACAGACAGCAAGACACAGCCAAAGCGGCUCCACGUCUCUAAUAUUCCAUUCAGGUUUAGAGACCCUGACCUCAGGCAAAUGUUUGGUCAAUUUGGUAAAAUCUUAGAUGUUGAAAUCAUUUUUAAUGAGAGAGGAUCUAAGGGAUUUGGUUUCGUAACUUUUGAAAAUAGUGCUGAUGCCGACAGGGCCAGGGAGAAAUUACACGGCACGGUGGUAGAAGGCCGUAAAAUAGAGGUUAAUAAUGCAACAGCACGGGUUAUGACUAAUAAAAAGACAGUCAAUCCUUAUGCAAACGGCUGGAAGUUGAAUCCAGUGGUGGGUGCAGUCUACAGCCCAGAAUUCUAUGCAGUUCCAGGCUUUCCGUAUCCAGCUGCAACGGCAACAGCUGCGUACAGAGGGGCCCAUUUGAGAGGCCGAGGGCGGACCGUCUACAACGCCUUUCGGGCAGCUGCCCCCCCACCACCUAUUCCUGCCUAUGGAGGUGUUGUGUACCAGGAUGGGUUUUAUGGUGCAGAUAUUUAUGGUGGUUAUGCUGCCUACAGAUAUGCCCAGCCUGCCACUGCCACAGCCGUGGCCUACGGCGAUAGUUACGGACGAGUUUAUGCUGCCGACCCCUACCACCACGCACUUGCUCCAGCAGCCACAUACAGCAUUGGUGCCAUGAAUGCUUUUGCACCCUUGACUGAUGCCAAGACUAGGAGCCAUGCUGAUGAUGUCGGUCUCGUUCUUUCUUCAUUACAGGCUAGUAUAUACCGAGGGGGAUACAGCCGUUUUGCUCCAUACUAAAUGACAAAAACCAUAAUAAAACCUUCCAGUGGGGACAAAAUGAGAAGCUUUCCGAGGCCUGGGUAUUGCAAUACAUGCAGUAGUGCAUCAUUUUAGCAUCUCUAAAGAGAGAGGAGGGAAAAAAGAAACAUUUUUUUAUCUUAUACCUCAGAUAUUUUGUUCUGUGUAUUUUAAUGUGGGUCUUUCAUUUUUAAACAAUACAUAAGCUGUUGGUUGUAGAGAUUUCUGUGGUGAUCUAGAAAGCUGCUAGAUAUAAAUCAAAUGGGGGAAAAAAGUAUUAAAGCCACAUUCCACAGUGCUUUAUCAUGUAAAUUAUAUAAUAUAUGAUAAAUAUUACGCUGUCUGGGGUUAUCACAUUUUGUUAAAGUGUAAGUGACUAUAGUAGUCAUUUUGUUUUCUGCAUUUUCACAUGACACUUUGUUUGUAAUUUGAUUAUAUAUUUGAUUUGAUAUUGAGAGAAGAAUGGGGCAGGUUUUGUGGCCGGGGUGGGUGGGUAUGGUGUUGCCAGGUUGACGAUCCCUAGUAUAACCCAUAUAGUUGAUAAGGGAGGUACAAAUCCUGUUAGCUGUCUUAUAACAUUCACUAUUCAAAGCCAAAGGUUAUGUUCCUGGGAUGUAAGCAGACACUUGUACAUACUGAUGUUAUGUAGAAGCUGCCUGGCAAAACUCCAAAACAUGUUCAUCGAGGCAGCGUUUAACUGUUUAACCAAGUAUCUAGCCAGUACUUACUAGUUAAGACCAUUUUAAAAAGAAACAUUGUUUUUAUAUUACCUCCAGUAUAUAAAUUAUUGAUAUCAUUGCUGACUUUUGUAUUAUGGGAGGAGAAACAUAAAAAGAAUAAUAAGGUGAUAAAACCACUCUUUCUAUUUUUCUUUUUGUUUUCCAGAAAGAAAUAAAUAUACUAGAACCGUUUGUACCAAUUAAAAUAGAAAAGAUGACAAUGUAUAAUAUUUAAACUGUGCAGUGGAAAAGGUCUGUUAUAGAAAAUACGGGCAUAUGAUGUUUUAGACUUAGUCAAGUAGAUCAGCUGUUAGACAGAAGGUGUAUCAUUUUUAUGGAAUCACAGAAAAACAUUCGAAUUUCUAUGAACAUUUUACAGAUAGGUAGAGAUAAUCAUGGAAUUUUGUCAUCUUGGUACUAUUUUGGUCUUAUUAUACGGCACACACAAUCUGCAAUUUUUCGUUUAUUCUGUUGAAAAUGCAUAUCUCUUUUUAUCCUUCUGUUUUUAUACAAAUGUCCUAUUAUUUUAUGACAAGGUAAAUGUAUGAUUCUCAGAAGCAUAAUAUAUAACAGAUGGUUUAAUAAGAUGAUUAUACCUAAGAGAAAUUAUAAGUAAGUAAUAAUGUAAUAAUUCUUCCAGCCAUUUCCAAAUGCCACACAGGAGUGCUGUUUAGAAGGCUUCUUCUAAGCAUCCUUGAAGAAUUGCAGCUUGUCUGUACAUAUGCUAAGACUGUUCAUAAGUCAUGUUUACAAAAGUCUUAAUUCGAGGUGUUUGUCAGUUUCUGUUUUGUAUUUAUUAACAAAAAAAAAAGUUUGGGGGGGGCGGGCCUAAUCCUUGCUGCAGACUUAAGUUAUAUCCUCAUGUGUACUAUGUGCGUCUAUUCGCACAACUCAGUGAAAUAUCUUAUCCGCUGCUGUGAUUCUACUAUGAAAUUAUGCUUUUAAACAAGUGUUGUGACCAGGCAUUCUCCUUGUCAUCGUAUGUGCAUGCAGUAUAUGAUCCGCUGAACAAUAACCAUCAAUAAAGUUUCACAAGAUAA